AACUUAUCAAUGAAAAUAUUGAAGAUGUUACUUAUAAUUCUACUCCUAGUUUUGGUUUAACAAUUUUAACUGCAGAGAGUUCUAAUGAAUCUUAUUUUGUUAACUUUGUUGGUAAUGGCACUCCAUCAAAUUUAUUUCCAGUUAUUUAUGAUUAUGUUCCUUCCAUACCGUCUCAAAUCGUAAACUAUAAUGAUUCUGGAUCAAGUAAAUUAUAUUUAUAUACAUGA